UAAUCCUGCCGGCUGACCACCGCGGGCAGGCGGACGCGUUUCUUUGAAUAACACUUCUAUCACCGUUGUGUGCCUGCGUUUUUUGGGGGGGGAUACAAAGUCAUUGAGUUGUUGCUUUUUUCUUUAAUUUAAUUGCACGGUACAACAUCCCGAGAUUUCGGUUUUAACUGGAUUUGUGGGCUACGAGCAGGUGUCGAGCCGGAUGGCCUCCAGCCGCUCAGCUGCCGCGGCGGGCCACGCCUGGUCAUGAGAUGACAGGCGCCAGAUGGUUCUCUUUUCUUUACCCCUUUAGAAAAAGUUAUUUUUCGGGGCCUAAAUUUACAUCCGCGCUCCAGUGCGCAUCGCGGAUCGCCUGCGGAGUUGAUGGUGGGUUUUCUGAAGUGAUUUCGUGGCGUUAAACUGCGGACAUGGAGGCAAAGAAAGAUGCCCUCCCUGGGGGGGAUGGAGGAAAAUCAGACACCCUCGGGUCCGGUGGCUCGGCCAGAAAAAGAGGAGGGGGGGCCAAGAAGGCAAUGCAGGCAAACAAGUCCGCCCUCAGGGCCCCCCGAGCCCUCUGCUGCCUCACCCUCAGCAACCCCAUCCGCAUGGCAGCGCUGGCCCUCGUCGAGUGGAAGCCCUUCGAUAUUUUCAUCCUGCUCGCCAUUUUUGCCAACUGCGUGGCCAUGGGUGUCACGAAGCCGUACCCAGAUGACGACUCCAACGCCACCAAUCACCAGCUGGAACAAGUUGAGUACGUCUUCCUCGUCAUCUUCACCAUCGAGACCUUCACUAAAAUUCUCGCCUACGGCUUGGUCAUGCACCCCAGCGCCUACAUACGCAGCGGAUGGAACUUGCUUGACUUCGUCAUCGUCAUCGUCGGGUUGUUCAGCGUGAUGGCGGAGGGCAUGACCGAUCACAAGCCGGGGGAGGCCCACCACGCCGCGGGGAAGCCCGGAGGCCUGGACGUCAAAGCCCUCCGAGCGUUCAGGGUGCUGCGGCCCCUUCGCCUCGUGUCCGGAGUGCCAAGUUUACAAAUCGUGUUGAACUCCAUCAUGAAAGCCAUGGUGCCCCUCCUGCACAUCGGCAUGCUGGUCAUGUUCGUCAUCAUCAUCUACGCCAUCAUCGGCCUGGAGCUCUUUAUCGGACGGAUGCACAAGACGUGCUACUCCAGCACCACAGGUCUCAUGAUAGAAGAUGACCCGUCGCCCUGCGCGUUCGCCGGCAGCGGGCGUUUCUGUGUCGGCAACGGGACCGAAUGCCGCGGCAAGUGGGAAGGCCCGAACGGCGGCAUCACAAAUUUUGACAACGUCUUCUUCGCCAUGCUGACGGUUUUCCAGUGCAUCACUAUGGAGGGUUGGACAGACGUCCUCUACUGGAUGAACGACGCCAUCGGCUUUGAGAUUCCGUGGGUUUACUUUGUUUCUCUGGUCAUCUUCGGCUCCUUUUUCAUCAUCAACCUUGUGUUGGGUGUGUUGAGCGGAGAGUUCUCCAAGGAAAGAGAGAAGGCCGUCGCGCGUGGCGAGCUGCAGCAGGCGCAGGAGAGCAAGCAGAUGGAGGAGGACAUGAUAGGCUACAUGGACUGGCUCAUAGAGGCCGAGGAUGUGGACGAAGAAGGGAACAAACGUGCUGCCAUCGCGAAGAAGAAGAUGAUGAAGAAGUUUGGCUGGUACAAACAUAACGAGGACGGCGGAGCGGAGUCCGACUCGGAUGACGACAUAGCGUACCUCGAUGAUGACAGUGGCUUCUGUGCGUCCCUCAUGGCAAAGAUGAUGGCCAAUAGCUUCUGUGACCAAUUGUGCCAGCUGAAUCACACACUCAGGAAGAACUGCCGCGUGGCCGCCAAGACCAACAACUUCUACUGGUUGGUGCUUCUGCUGGUGUUCCUCAACACGGUGGCCAGUGCCUCGGAGCACUACGGACAGCCGAACUGGCUGACGGAAAUGCAAGAGCGAGCCAACAAGAUCCUGCUGCUGCUGUUCACUCUGGAGAUGCUGAUGAAGAUGUACGCCUUCGGCCUGCAGAUCUAUUUCAUGGCGCUGUUCAACCGCUUCGAUUGCUUCGUGGUGUGCGGCGGCAUCCUGGAAACGCUGCUGGUGGAGCUGCAGUUCAUACCGCCCAUCGGCAUCUCCGUGCUGCGCUGCAUCCGACUGCUCAGGAUUUUCAAGAUGACCCGGCACUGGGCCGCUCUGUCCGACCUGGUCAACUCGCUGCUGAACUCCAUGAAAGCCAUCUGCUCCCUCCUCCUGCUGCUCUUCCUCUUCCUCAUCAUCUUCGCCUUGCUCGGAAUGCAGUUAUUCGGAGGGAAAUUCAACUUUGACGAGACUCAGAUGAAGAGAAGCACUUUCGACUCUUUCCCUCAGGCUCUGCUCACUUGUUUUCAGAUCCUCACCGGAGAGGACUGGAACGCUGUGAUGUACGACGGCAUCAUGGCCUACGGGGGGCCCAUCUUCCCCAACAUGGUGGUGUGCAUUUACUUCGUCAUCCUCUUCGUCUGCGGUAACUACAUCCUGCUCAAUGUCUUCUUGGCCAUCGCUGUGGACAACUUGGCGGGAGGCGGCGGAAAGACCGUAGUGGAGGAGAAAAAGGAAGAUGAAGACGAAUGGGAUGAGGAUAAUGAAAAAGAGGACGAAGAUGCAGCGAACGAGGAGGACGAUUGGCAGGAAAACGAGGAGCUGAGGGCCAUCGAGGGACUGGAGGGAGUCGCUCCCUUGAAGCCCGAGUUCUCAGGGCCCAAAGAGAAGAUCGUCCCAAUCCCCGACGGGAGCUCCUUCUUCAUUCUGGGCAAGAAAAACUGUCUGCGAGUCGCCUGCCACAACCUCAUCCAUCACCCCUACUUCACCAACUUCAUCCUCGUCUUCAUCAUCCUCAGCAGUAUUUCCCUGGCUGCUGAGGAUCCGAUCAAAUCCCACUCGUUCAGGAACAUCGUGCUCGGCUAUGCAGAUUACGUUUUCACCUCCGUCUUCACGGUGGAGAUCGUACUAAAGAUGACGGUCUACGGGGCGUUCCUGCACUCCGGCUCCUUCUGCAGGAACGCUUUCAACCUCCUGGACCUGGUGGUGGUCGGCGUGUCGCUCAUGUCUUUCUUUCUGCAUUCAAGUGCGAUUUCUGUGGUGAAGAUUCUCAGAGUGCUGCGAGUGCUGCGGCCUCUUCGGGCCAUCAACAGAGCCAAAGGACUGAAGAAUGUGGUGCAGUGUGUGUUCGUGGCCAUCCGCACCAUCGGCAACAUCCUGAUCGUCACCACGCUGCUUCAGUUCAUGUUUGCCUGUAUCGGAGUGCAGCUCUUCAAGGGCAGGUUCUACAGCUGCACGGAUGAAGCCAAACACGAUCCCGUGGAGUGCAGGGGAACGUUUGUGGUCUACAAAGACGGGGACAUGAACCACCCCAUGGUGAGGGAGAGGAUUUGGGAAAACAGUGAUUUCAACUUUGACAAUGUGCUGCAGGGCAUGCUGGCUCUGUUCACCGUGUCCACAUUCGAAGGAUGGCCACAACUCCUCUAUCGGUCCGUGGAUGCCAACGCCAUCAACCGAGGGCCCAUUUACAACUACCGAGUAGAGAUCUCCAUCUUUUUCAUCAUCUACAUCAUCAUCAUUGCCUUCUUCAUGAUGAACAUAUUUGUGGGUUUCGUCAUCAUCACAUUUCGAGAGCAAGGAGAGGCGGAAUUCAAAAACUGUGAACUCAACAAAAAUCAACGGCAGUGUGUGUACUACGCUCUGAAGGCCCAACCCAUAAAGAUUUACAUCCCCAAAGACCCGUCGCAGCUCAAAUUCUGGAGGAUCAUCAACUCCAGCCAGUUUGAGUACAUCAUGUUUGUGCUGAUUCUGGGAAACACCCUGACUCUGGCUGUUCAGCAUUACGAGCAGUCCAAAGGCUUCACCUCCAUCAUGGACAUCCUCAACAUGAUCUUCACCGUGGUCUUCACCAUAGAGAUGAUCAUAAAGCUGCUGGCUCUGCGGGUUCAUCACUAUUUCAUCGACCCGUGGAAUUCCUUUGACGCGUUGAUCGUCGUGGGCAGCGUGUUGGAUAUCGCCGUCUCCGAGUUGAGCGGAGGAGGCGGCCACGGUGAGGGUCCCGGUAAAGGAGAGAGCGGGAAGGUGUCCAUCACCUUCUUCCGUCUGUUCCGAGUCUUGAGGUUGGUGAAACUGCUCAGCAAGGGAGAGGGCAUUCGGACGCUCCUCUGGACCUUUGUCAAGUCGCUGCAGGCUCUGCCCUACGUCGGCCUGCUCAUCGCCAUGAUCUUUUUCAUCUACGCCGUCAUCGGCAUGCAGACGUUUGGCAAAGUGGCCAUCGACGACGACACGCAUAUCAACAGAAACUGCAACUUCCAGACUUUCUUCAUGGCCGUCCUGGUGCUCUUCAGGUGUGCCACCGGAGAGCAGUGGCAGGAAAUCAUGCUGGCAGCUCUGCCUGGCAGACGCUGCGACCCGGAGGCCGACACCGAGCCCGGCGAGGAGUUCAACUGCGGCAGCAACUUGUCCUACAUCUACUUCAUCAGCUUCUUCAUGCUCUGCGCUUACCUGAUCAUCAACUUGUUCAUUGCCGUCAUCAUGGACAACUUUGAAUACCUGACGCGCGACUGGACCGUGCUCGGCACCCACCACCUGGACGAGUUCAAGAGAGUCUGGUCCGACUACGAUCCCGAGGCCACCGGCCGUAUAAAACACAUCGACGUCGUCACCAUGCUGCGAAGGAUUCAGCCGCCUCUCGGUUUCGGAAAACUGUGUCCCCACCGCGUCGCUUGCAAGAGACUCGUCGCCAUGAACGUCCCGCUGCACUCCGACGGGACGGUCACCUUCAGCGCCACCCUGUUUGCUCUCGUGCGAACCUCGCUCAAGAUCAAGACCGAAGGUUGGAUCUCGUUCGUGUAUUCAGAGUCUCGCUCUCCCUCGGUGCUUUUUUGUUGUUGUUGUUUUUUUCCCACUUACGGGAUUUGUUUGUCGUUGUCGCCCGCAGGCCCGAUCGACAAGCAGAACGAGGAGCUGAAGCUGAUCAUCAAGAAGCUGUGGAAGCACACCAGGCCCAAACUCAUCGAUGAAGUCAUUCCUCCCCCUAGAGGGGAGGAGGUGACUUGCGGGAAGUUUUAUGCAAGCUUCCUGAUUCAGGAUUAUUUUAAAAAGUACCGCAAGAGAAAGGAGAGGGAGAGGAAAUCCAAAAGGAAGGACAGGGCGGCUUCUCUGCAGCUCGGGCUGCGAACGCUGCAGGAUCUGGCUCCGGAGAUGCGUCUGGCGAUGGCCUGUGACCUUGAAGAAGAGGAGGGCGCGGAAGGAGAGGUGACCGGCGAUGAUUUGUUCGACAGCGGGCCGGGAACCUCCGCGAGCGUCCCGCUCGCCGGCAACUCGCUGUCGCCCAUAAACAAGCUGGUGGAGCAGAUUACCGUGCUCAUGGAAAACGAGUUCAAGAAAGCCGAGGAGGAGGAGGAGGUGGUGGUGGUGACGGAGCAGGUGGCGGGCCUGCAGGAGCACCAGAGGCCGUGGUCCGAGCUGGCGGGAGUGAGGGUGGUGACAGAGCAGCCUCUGAGGUCUGAAGCCCUGCCCCUCAGGGAGGAACCCAUCGAUGAGUUGCCUCCUCCUCCUCCUCCUCCUCCUCCUCCCCCGGAGAUUGCACCGGAUGUAGUGGAAGAACCAGCGGCGGUGGCUGCAACCGCAGAGGAGCAGGUUUGUUGCAUUGAGGAGGACGCUGCUGGCGGAGCUCCAGUAGACGGGUACGUGCACCCAGAAGCUGUGUCUCCUUUACCAGCUGAGGCAAGUUACAAUGAGCUGGGCCUGGAAAGCGGCGUCAGCACUGGCGAGAUGCCAUAUGACAAUCGUGACGCCAACGGCUACGCCAACGGAUACGGCAACGGCUACGCCGGCAACGGGUACGAUGGCGGCAACAUGAAUGGCGAGAGUGUCACCGAGAGCCCCGCGCCGUACACCUCAAAUGGAUUUGAUGGGAACGGAUACGCGGGCGACAUGGAAAACGGCAGCAUCGUCAGCGCCAACGGCAACGGAAGUGCGAUGAAUGGAAACGGCAGGGCUUUCGGGGGUUACACUGGGAAUGGCUACAACGGAAGCGAGAAUGGUACCCAGUUUGUCAGGAGACGGCUGCUUCCUCUCAUACCACAAGGUCAAAAGCCGUCCUUUAACCUUCAGUGUCUGAGGCCACAGAGCAGUGUGGACAACCUCCCCAUCCCGGGGACCUUCCGUGGGGCCGCACCCCCACUGAGAUCCCAUAUACACAACCAGCGCAGCCUGGACUCGCGGCCCGGCAGCGCGUCCUCCGUGUCGUCGGCCUCCUGGGUCAACGCGACCGCAGCAGCCGGCGCCGGCCAUCUCCCGGGAACGAUGCCCGCCUCGGGGCGCCGGGGCAAGCUCGUCUACACCCCCAUGAUCCUAGUGGACGAAGCCACCGGCAACAGCCAGCCGCUGUGGAGCGACGGCUCUGCCAGCCUCCCCGUGGGCGCCAGGGCGCCCGGCUGGUACCCGGGUCAGACCAGGACCUUCACCAGCAUGAGGAUGCCACCGGUCGGACAGGGCUUCGUAGACAAAGGCAGCGCGGACAGUCUGGUUGAGUCGAUCCUGAUCUCCGAGGGCCUCGGCGUCUACGCCAGGGACCCGAAGUUUGUGAGCUUCGCCAAGCGGGAGAUCGCCGAGGCGUGUCACAUGAGUCUGGACGACAUGGAGAGCGCCGCCACCGACCUCAUAGCUCGCGGGGCCAGCCAAUCGAUGGCUCGCUUUGAGGACGAGCUGGCCGAUGAGAUGAACUGCGUGAUUUCUUACUGAGAUCAGAAAAACUGAAGAAAAAAAAAACUGUGUGAGUGUUUCAUUUUUCUCUGGAGAAAAAACAAACAAAAGUGGACCAAACAGCACAAGAGUAAGAAUGAUGUGAUACAAAAGGGACAGUUUUGUGUGCUUUGUUAUACUGAGGUUAAUAUUGUGCUGGUAAGAUAUACUUUAACUUUUGUAAAUGCCAAAACACACACACAGUAUCACCCACACACACUGAUUUUAGGGUGACAUGUCAGUUUGUGGCAGUUUGGCAUCGUCAUGACACAUGAUCAUUUUUUGCAUUGUAUACUUAUUUUGUACUGAACUUGAAUUAUUAUCACUUUGUACACAUUUAUCUACUGCAUUCUGAAUAUCCUCUAACAUUCAACAUAAAAGCUCUUUGUAAAGUUUUGAUUUCUGUGACUCAAAAUAAAGUAUUAUGUUUUCUCAAA